AUGAACACUACACAAUUGUUGUACCUUCCUGCAUUUUCUGGUCUAUUUGGAUGGAGAGGAAUGUUAGAUGUUUCAUUGACUAGAGAAGCAAGAAUAAAAAGCUAUUGCCUGAUGCAUCGUGCUGAUUGUGGGUUUCUGGUGUUACCCAUUUACCUCAAGAAGGGUAUUCCAUUUGAUAUCGUCACCUUUAACACCCUAAUAAGGGGAAUAUUUACUGAAAAUAAGGUCAAGGAUGUUGUUGAAUUGUUCAAAAAGUUGGUGAGAGAGAAUAUUUGUGAGCCCAACCAAGUCACAUAUGCAACUGUAAUGAAUGGGCUCAGCAAAAGGGGGUAUACUCAGAAGACUUUAAGUUUGCUACGGUUAAUGGAACAGGGGAACACUAAUCCCAACAUAAUUAACUACAACAUUGUCAUAGAUUCCCUUUGCAAAGAUGGGAACUUAGAUGCUGCUAUCAACCUUAUGAACGAGAUGAAGCAGAACGGCAUUCUUCCAAACAUAGUCACGUAUAAUUCAUUGAUUGAUGGUUUGAGUAAGCUUGGUCAGUGGGAAAAGGUUAAGACAAUGUUCUAUGAGAUGGUCCUGAACCUUAAUAUUUAUUUAAAUGUGUGCACCUUCAACAUAGUGAUAGAUGGACUAUGUAAAGAAGGGAAAGUCGCAGAUGCCGAAGAUGUAAUGGGACACAUGGUCGAAAAAGGUGUAGAGCCCGAUAUAUUCACCUACAAUGCGAUGAUGGAUGGAUAUUGUUUGUGUGGUCAACUUGAUGGAGCGAGGAGAAUUUUUGAUAUUAUGAUAGAUAAGAACAUUGAGCCCGACAAUAUUAGCUAUAGCAUACUAAUAAAUGGAUACUGUAUGAAAAAGAAAGUUGAUGAAUGCAAUUGUUUCAUGAAAUUUGUCAAAACGGAUCAAAGUCUGAUAUUGUUACCGACAGUACUAUCUUGCAAGUACGGACUUGUUGAAGAAGCUAUGUCACUCUUUAUAAAGUUGGAAAGAAAGAGAGAAGGUACUAUUGCAUUUUACAAUGCUGUCAUUAAUGGAUUGUGCAAAAAUGGUAAACUCGACGAAGCUCAUGUUGUUUUUGAGAAGCUUUCUUUCAUUGGAUUGCUUCCGAAUGUGAGAACAUACACUGUAAUGAUAAAUGGAUUUUGUCUUAAAGGGUUGUUUGAUGAAGCUAAAGAUAUUCUUAGAAAAUGGAAGACAAAGGUUGCUUUCCAAACAAUGUCACAUACAAUUUUAUUGUCCAAGUAUUUCUCAGGCGCAACAAAAUUAGUGAAAUGGCAUUUUUCAUGA